AUGAAGUUCCUCGGCGUCUCUAUCCUCGCCACUGCCGCCUUCGCCGCGCCCCUGCAGGCCCGCGGCACCGCCGGCCAAGUGUGCGACAACCCCGGUCGCGUCGUGAGCCUCGUCCUCGACUCGUCCUCUUCCACUGAGGACACAGACCCGAACCGGCUCCGCAUCCAGGGCGGUCUCGAGCUGCUUGACUACCUGACCUCUGCCUCCGAGGCGACCGAAAAGAACAAGGCGGACACCGUGUCCAUCGUGUCCUUUGACCAGGCGGCCAAGCUCGAGUACCCGCAGGGCGACCCGAACGACGUGGCGCGCGCCAAGCUGAGCGCCAUCGACAGCGUGGGCAUGACCAAGAUCUACCGCGGCAUCCGGCUCGGUCUCGACCAGAUCCUCAAGAGCAACCCGGGGAACCGCGGCGGUCUGAUUCUCUUCACGGACGGCCAGGACACCAGUCUCGAGGAGGCUGUCGAGCAGAUCAACCGCGCCACGGCGGCCGGCGUGCGUGUGUCCAUCGGCCACACGAGCGUCGACGAGAAACAGGCCGCAGCCAAUCAGGGAGGCCUCUCCGGGAUCAUCAGCGAGGUUGGCCGCUGGUUCUCCGGCCCCCCCAAGAAUGGUCUCGUGACGCCGCUUGACGAGCGCAUCUCGCAGGCCGCCCUCGCAUCUGGAGGCACCGUGUCGGUCCUCACCUCGCAGGAGGCACAGAAGGAGUUUGUUCAACAGGUCAUCAAGAAUGGCAUCACCAACAACGACGGCAAGUGCAGCGGCAACGACAUUGGCGAGUCGGGCGGCCCCCUCAUCAACAACGUCCACAGCCUGGGCCUGUGCUCCAAGAACGCAGAGGCUGUCUUCACCUACUCCCCCAAGAGCCAGAGCGAGGAGCUCACCUUUGAAGUGAACCUGCACUCGAAGGAGAGCACUGUCAACAUUGACGCUACCUUCAUCAACAAGGCGACUGGCCAGACCUCCACCAUCGCCAUCAACAAGAACAACCUCUUCGGCGAGCUCAAGGGCGCCGCCACCGCGGGCCAGGAGUGCGAGAAGCCUGUGUGCAUGUGCAAGUGCGACACGCCCGGUGCCAAGCCAAUGCCCAAGUUUGAGCUCUAA